AGAGCAAAUAAUAAUAUAAUACGGAAAUGGGCCGUUUCGAGCUUACAGGACAAAGCGAGUUGACCUGACGAAUCGGAGCCGUCUGACACAGCGGACAGCUCGCCGGAGCUGAGUUCUGCAACCUCGAACGCCGCCCUUCCACGGGCUCACUCCGAUAUCCUGAUCGGAGUUUUGUGUUGCAAUGUGCCGUCAAAGUUCCUGUGUCCCUUCUUCUGUAGAAGAGGCAAUUUCAGCUGAAGAGAGUCUAUUGGUAUACUGCAAGCCUGUUGAGUUGUACAACAUUCUCCAACGUCGUGCCAAAGACAAUCCUUCUUUUCUUCAAAGAUGCUUGCGAUACAGAAUACAGGCAAAGAAAAGAAAGAGGUCAAGGGCUGGAGUUGUCAUUUUCAAUUAUAGGGACUAUAACAAUGUGCAAAGGAAGAUCGAAGUGACAGAAGAGUUCUCUUGUCCAUUUUGCUUAAUACGAUGUGCCAGUUUUAAGGGUCUGAGAUUACAUUUGUGCUCAUCCCAUGACCUCUUCAACUUUGAUUUCUGGGCCACUGAAGAGUAUCAGGCAGUGAAUGUCUCUGUCAAAAUUGAUAUGUUGGAAACUGAGGGCCUUGUAAAUGGAAAAGACCCUAGAGUGCAAACCUUCUACUACUUCUCAAAGCCACGAAGGCGCCUGUCGAAGUAUCCUUUUCAAAGUAAAAAGCAUGUCCAUGUGCAAUUCUUAGAGCUCGAUGCAUCAGCUUUAGCAAGGGAUGGAAUGCGGACGGGCCUGCAGGAUAAAGAUAGUGUUAUGCAGAAUGGAGUGCAUGUAGCUGAAGACCUGUCUCCUGAUUGUUCUGGCGGAACGGAAAGUUUAGAACAUAUCGCAUCCAGUUUUAACGUUCAAGCAAUCCCAAUUGCUAUCCCUCAGUCUAUAAUAGACCCUGAAUGCGUAAAGUCAUCAUCUGGAAGUGAUCCUACUGCUAUGCAGAUGUCAAAAGUGAGGAAGCCUGCAACAGAACGGUCAGACUCAAAAAGCCGAGGGCUCUUGCUGAGACGGCAGUUCUAUCACUCUCAUAGAGUUCAGCCUAUGGCAGUGGACCAAGUAUUAUCGGAUAGGGACAGUGAAGACGAAGUCGAUGAUGGUAUUGCAGAUUUUGAAGAUCGAAGGAUGCUUGAUGAUUUUGUGGAUGUCACCAAAGAUGAAAAGCAUCUUAUGCAUCUUUGGAACUCUUUUGUCAGGAAACAGAGGGUCUUGGCGGAUGGGCAUGUUCCCUGGGCGUGCGAGGCAUUCUCGAAACUCCAUGGCCAGGAACUGGUCCACUCUCAUGCUCUCUUCUGGUGCUGGCGGUUAUUCAUGAUCAAGCUCUGGAAUCACGGCCUUCUUGACGGCUGCACGAUGAACAGCUGUAAUGUGAUCCUCGAAGGAUAUCGGGGCUCGGGCUCAUAUGUGAAGUGAAAUAGCUGAUUCCCAGUCCAUGUAGCAACUACUUAUUUGUCAAAACAAUAUGUGUAGGUCUAAUCUAACUAGAUUCUUGCAUUCAAAACAACUACUAUUAACAUUGUAUUGAUGAAUGAGCACAGAAAUGUUGAUCUUCAAUUAUCGAUUCCAAUCAGUUACUGAAAUUUGACUACAAAAUCA